AUGGCUUCGAAAAGGUUAGCAUCGCUUACCCUCUUUCUUGUACUCAACAUUCUCUUCUUUUCUCUAGUCAGUGGUCGUGGUUCUUGCCCUUCCCCCAGCCCAAAACCAAACCCAAAGCCCACUCCCUCCCCAUCCCCUUGUGCGAAAGGUAAAUGCCCCAUUGAUGCCCUUAAAUUAGGUGUAUGUGCUAAUAUACUUGGUUUGGCUAAUGUCACCAUUGGUACACCCCCAGUCCAACCAUGUUGCUCCCUUCUCCAAGGUCUUACUGAUCUUGAAGCUGCUGUUUGCCUUUGCACAGCAAUCAAAGCUAAUAUUUUAGGCAUCAACCUUAAUGUCCCGGUUUCUCUCAACUUGCUUCUCAACAUCUGCUCAAGGAAAGUUCCAUCUUACUUCCAAUUACCCUAAUCAUGAUGUCAAAAUCUCUCAUCUUGGUGUUUUUUGUGGUUUGAAAGUUCUAAUUAUUUCCAAUUCCACUUCCCAGUGGUAAUUGCUUGCGGUAGCGUUUGUUUCCUUGUUGAUACAAAAUAAGUGUACUACCUUUUUUCUUUACAAAUGUUUU